ACUCCCAUGAAACCCAACGCCCAUUGGGCGCUGCUUGCUUAAUUAGCCUUGUCACCAUUUGUUUCUCUCUACUCUACAGUGUGUGAAUGGAGCAGCAAAUUGAAAGAGCUGCUCUCUCUGUGACUGUGAGGGCCGAGUGGUGAAUGAAUGGAGAUGGGCAUCGCCGCCUUCUUUACUGUGGCUCUGGGUGGAAACUUCCUGAGUAGUUUGCCAUAUUUGGAAAAGGAAACACACAAUAAUGCAAGCAGCAGCAGCAGCAACUUGCUUCAAAGAGGGGUUUUAUGGAGGGAUUAUUUCGCAGCCAUCCUCAAUCUCCUUGGUGCCUUGGUGGAGUAACAAUAGUAGUAGGUCUACCAUCAUUAACGGGGGGGAUUGCAUGAAAUCUUUUUUUGUGGAGCACCACCCCCUGGGAGGAGGAGGAGGAGGAGGAGGAGGAGGAGGUGUCUUCUCUUCGGAGAUUCGGGCGUCAGUACCUCCUCAACAACAAGUGGUAGUAGUACAUCAUGAUCCACAUGAUCAUGGGCCACCCGUCAAGCCUCAGCUCGAAAAAGGCACCUAUGAAACUGCAAAUUUCUCUGUACAUCCUGAUAAUGAGAAGAGUCAUGGAAAAGGUCAAACAAGUCCACAGGUUUAUGCCACCAUAUCUCUUCAUUCAACCUCAUCAGAAAAUGGCCGUACUCGUUGUGAUCUGGGGCUUGGUCAGGCAAUGGUUUGUGCCAACUAUCCUCAUGUAGAUCAAUUCUGUGGCCUAUUUUCAAGUUAUGGGAGCCAAGCAAUGAAUGGACGAUUACUACUGCCACUGGAAAUGACUGAAGAUGAACAACCAAUAUAUGUAAAUGCAAAGCAGUAUCGCCAAAUCCUUCGGCGUCGCCAAUCGCGAGCAAAGGCAGAACUGGAGAAUAAGGUGAUCAAAGCUAGGAAGCCAUAUUUGCAUGAAUCACGCCAUCUUCAUGCGAUGCGGCGUGCAAGGGGAUGUGGAGGUCGCUUCCUUAACACAAAGAAAACAGAGAAUUCAAAAGGCAAUAACCAAAGUGGCAAAGUAAAUAAUGGGCAGAUUUCUCAGGCUGUUGGGUCUUCUUCAAGUUCUGAUGCACAUCAAUCGUCUGAUAACAGAGAUUUGAAUUCUGGGAAGGUGGUGGGAAGCAGGUUCAGUACAGGGUCAGAAGUCGCAAGCAUGUUCUCUCAGCUUGACAUUGAUCAGUUUCAGAUUGGGCAGCUACGUCAAUCUGCCUUCCGCCCGCUCCCCAACAUAAGGGAUGGUGUAAAGAUGAUUGGUAUCCCUUCCAAAUGGGUCACAGCAGCUCCAGAUGGCUGUGACCUGCUCAAAAUGUGAUACCUAUAACCGGGAAGGUUUCUCCACAAUUAUCGAUGGGUUCACCCAUCUUCAUGUGGAGACCUUCCCAUGCAUGCAACCAAAUGGAAGAGCCUGUAGCAGUGGCCGUCACUGUGAAAAAGGUUCUGGUUGAGGAAUUGUUCCUACCCCCAUUGGGUUGCGACCAAAAGGCAAUUCAUUCUUGGCUGGACUACGUUUAGGAUUUUUUGGUCAUUAUGAUUGUUUCCCACAGCUCCAGCAGUCUUGGAAUGCAGUCAAAAAGACCAAAAUCCUUAGCGCUAAAAAACACCCACUAAGUAUUUAAGGGUAUAUGCCCCUAAUAACUUUAAGAGUAUCAUCAAAAGAUCUAAACUUUGGUUUGAUGUAUGUAUGAUUGCAGUGACGUCUGUACUUUGGAGUGGUUCGCAUUGUGUAUGAUUGUAAAAUAAUGGAGGUUUUGUGUGGUGUUUGAUGAUGAAGAAGUGGAAGAUGGGAUUUCCUUGAAUGUAAAAUAUGUGGUUUGGUGUUUUA